GCUUUCCUUCACAGUUUGGUUGUCGGUUAUUUCUAUUUUCAGACCUCAGCAUGAUCCACGAAAAUCUUCAUGAGGCCCUACAGGGGCGUUACCUAAUACUAACAGCUGGCUUAUUAUUCUUCUCCUUGGUGGGAAAAUGUUUUUACGAGUUGUACAUCAACCCUUUGUGUAAGAUCGCCGGUCCAAAGCUGGCGGCAGUUACCCGCCUGGUGUAUAUGUAUCACAACCUCAUGGGAGACGAGCAUACAUGGAUGAGAAACCUUCAUCUGGUUUACGGAGACACUGUCCGGAUCUCACCCGAUCAAGUCAGCUACUCGUCCGCCGAAGCAUGGAGAGAUAUCUACGGCCAUGCUAGUGCAACCAAAAAGUCUACCGAGAAGGACAAACGAUUCUUCGGCACCACACUGAAUGGAACCCCAGAUGUCAUUCGCGCCCCAGCCGCCGAUCAUUCACGCUUUCGUCGCAACUUUUCGCAUGCCUUCUCGGACAAGGCCUUGCGCGAGCAGCAGCCGCUCAUCGCUCAUUAUGCGGACAUGCUCAUCGACAAGCUCCGAGAAAUUGUUCAAGCAAAUCCCAAGGCAAGGAUUGAGAUGGUCAUGAUGUACAAUUUGACGACAUUCGACAUCAUGGGUGACUUGACAUUCGGGGACCCACUGAAUCUGCUGAAAGGUACGGGCAAUGUAGCAUGGGUGACAUCCAUCUUCUCCAGUGUGAAGAUCAACUCACUCCGACGUAUCGCACGGUACUAUCCAUGGUGUUCUUAUUUCUUAAACUCCCUCCUCCCUCGGUCGUUGAAACAACGGCAAGCGUCUCAUUACCAGUCAUGCAAGGACAGGGUAGAUUGGCGGGUUGACCAGAGUCUGGAUCGGCCUGAUAUUUGGGGUUUGGUCAUGGCGCAGAAAGAGUCCCUGCGCUUGAGCCGCGAAGAGAUGUACGCCAACUCCCAAUUAUUCAUGGUAGCUGGGACGGAAACCACCGCGACUGCAUUGAGCGGCCUUACGUAUCAAUUGUUGUUGAAUCCCGACAAAUUAGAAAAGAUCACCAACGAGGUGCGCGACGCCUUCGAGCAGAGUUCGGACAUCGAUAUGCUGCGGUUAGCCCAGCUGAAGUACCUGAACAUGUGUAUCGACGAGGGCCUUCGAAUGUAUCCCCCUGUCCCUACUGGGAUGCCUCGUCUCACUCCCAAGGAGGGUAUGGAAAUCUGCGGCGAAUAUAUUCCUGGCGAUACGGCUGUCUCUGUACAUCACUGGGCGACAUAUCGCAACCCGCGAAACUUCACCCGGCCAGACGAGUUUCUUCCAGAGCGAUGGGGUAAUGACCCGCAGUUUGCUAGUGACAACAAGGCUGCCUGUCAGCCUUUCUCUUUCGGUCCUCGCAACUGUCUGGGGAAAAAUCUCGCCUACCAUGAGAUGCGACUCAUCCUAGCCAAGGUCCUAUACCACUAUGAUCUAAGACUGGCACCUGAAUCAGUAGGCUGGGAGAAGCAAAAUACGUGGACGCUAUGGCAAAAGAACCGAUUGAUGGUCCAACUGACCCCGCGAGCUUAAAUGGAAGCCAUUGAUGCACAUCUGAGCGUCUAGGGAAAUUGUGUAUAGGCUUAGAAUAGGAGUUGUCAAUUUCCAGAGCAUAUGGACUUAAGCUGUUAUGGCGACAAUUGAUAGUGAUUGUUCUUUCUUUUCUCAAAGUUCAAUGAUGAUGAUGAUGAUGAUUCCCCCAGUCGUUCUUGUCUACAAAGUAUUCAAACGAUCUUCACAGCAGGUGCCGCAGAUACAGCGCGCUACGGUACUUGACCGGAUAGUCAAAUUAUCUGCGUAGUUGCAGCGAGUUACAAACGGGAGUCCGACAGUCCCCGCAAAGACGAGGGUCAGAGGCACAAACUGCAACAUUGCGGAUGGCAACACGACUUCCCGAAGCGGAAAGGCACUGGCGGUAAGCAAAUCACGCAUGACGUCAUGUGGCACUGUGGCAGCGAUUGGGGGGCGACGUGUCCAGCGCAAUCGAGUUCCGACCGCCAGAAAAUCGCGAUGAAU